GGAAACUGGGUUCGACAAGUGAAGUUUUUAAUACAUCACCAAACAAGGAAGAUAAUGUUUGCAGCUCUUAAAUAUCAUGCAGUAGACUAUUUAUAUGAGAAUGUGGCGAGACAGAAGUUUUCUAUUGAUCGGUUAUCAUUUCAUGUUCCUCCCUGUUUACAUCGAGAUGAAAAUUAUCAUCAUACUGGAAUCAUUGCUGAUGAUAAGUAUAGGAGGCCAUGGACAAGAGUUUCAGUUGUUUCAACACAAAAAAUGAUGGCUAUUUCAAUUAUGGAUCAAUGGAAGCAAAGUUUAUAUGUGGAAGAUUUCCUGGAGAAGAAACCAAUUUCAUGCAUGGAAUUCCAUAUUAAUAAUGAACUAAUAGAAGUUGUUCCAAGUUCGAAUCCCCAUUCACAGACUGACACAGAAGAUGCCUAUUUACUUAUGAAGAAUCACUACAAAGAAGAAUUCACCCAAGUUGUCUGGGCUAAUCCUGACUAUGUCCCUGUAGUUAAAGCACAAGAUCAAGAUUUAUAUAUUGCAGAUGAACUUAUUUUUAUUGAUCAUUUGGAAGAAUAUCGUAAACAGCUACCUACUCUGCAUACCCUCUUGGGCAGACUAAAAAUUUUCUUAGUGAAGGAUCCCCUCUUAAAUUGUAAAGGACAGACUUUGACAGAAGACAAUCUUUUCAGGGAAUGUUUGACUUUCCAAAGCAAUUCAGAGACACAUGAAAAAGAACCAUGUGGCGUCAAGGAAAUUUUUUGUCAAAUGUCUUUAAAGGAUGAGGAGGUAUUAAAAAUAAGUUUUAUCCCACUGAUUUUAGUGACUGUUGCCUAA